AUGCGGUCUGCACCAGCCCGAUCCACCGCGCUUCGGCUUGGGCUAGUGACGCUGUUGCUGGGAGCAGGAUGCCCGCGAGCCGGAGCCAAGGCGUCUACGGCGUGGCCGUCGAAGGUUCACGGGAGAGCCGUGGACGAUGCUGGAGAAGCGCAGCAGAAGGUGCUCGAGAAAAAGGAAGCAACGCGACAUGCUGCUGGCGGCGGUGGGACAAGCGGUGCUUCGGAGGGCUCUCCGCGAGUGCGCCUUGGAGUCCCAGGGGCGGAGUACGCAACGGCCGAUGACUUGUGGCUCGAUACCUCGAACGCCUACCCGCGACUGGCGAACUCGGCGUGGGCGAACCUGGCGGAGCCGUUCCGAGACACGACGCUGACCGCCGGCUCGAGCGUCGGGGACCCGGACCGGGACGUCUUCAAGUGGUCCUUCGAGGAUGGCACCGUGCUGGAGGGGAGGGAGGUCACGUACAUGUUCAAGGGCGUGGGCGCACAGACGGUCUCCCUGGCUCAGACCAUGGUCUCAACGGGCCGCAUCGUACAAAUCGAAGACUCGGUGAUGGUCAAGUACGUGCGGCGAGAGGUCCGUCAGCUGAAGGCUGAGGACAGGGAGGCGUUUUUGGACGCCAUGGAGAAGCUCUACCGCCUGCCUACCGAGGAGGGUGUCGCACUCUACGGCGACGACUACAAGGGCAUCAGUUUUUUCGUGCAGAUGCACCUGGACGGGGCUGGCGUGAGCGACUGCGACCACUGGCACGACGAUGCCGGCAUCAUGACGCACCACGUGGGGUACACCAUGCUGUUCGAGCAGGCUCUGCAGGUGGUCGAUCCCUCCGUCACCAUUCCGUACUGGGAGUACACCAUCGAAUACUCGCAAGGGCUGACGGACUACGGGGAGUCGCAGAUCUUCGCUCCCGACUGGUUCGGCGACGCCUCCCCCAACAACGCCAUGCACACCGUCGACAACGGCCGGUGGGCCUACCUCCCAGUGAUGCAGGACGCGUGGGACUACGUGCACAACCCGUACGGCCUUCUGCGAACCCCCUGGAACACCGACCCGACGCCGUACGUCACCCGCCACAACAUGACGAAUGCCCAGGACAUCACGGGCGUGGUCACCUGCGGGAUGUACCAGAACUGCUUCGACGAGACGACCCUGGCGGGACUGUUCAACUGCCUGAACGGGGGCACCCACGGACCGGUGCACAUCAAGAUGGGGGGGGAGUGGAACAACCCCGAGGAAGAACUGACUAACUCGCUAGGGUACGCGGACGAGGUUCCCCUGAUGGCCAAGUUCCUCUGGAGGAAGGGUUAUCUCCGCAUGCCGACUUCUUGCACCGAAGACGAACACGGUACCGGCGACGACAGCACGUGCCGCGCCAGCUGCCCCUCGGAGAUCUACGAGAACCUGGGCAUGACCCCGUACGACGUCCUCUACGACGCCCUGUCGAUUCACUGGGUCGCUGGCAAGUCCGGCGGGGUUGUGGUGUGGGACGAGGAAAAGGAAAAGUUCUACAUUGCCGGCCACGAAGACGACGUGGAGUUCGAGAAGUUCUUCUGGCUGAGGAUCCUCAACUCGCUCUGCGACCCAGGGCACGUGGGAGAGUUGUACACGUCCUCGGCACCGUACGACCCCCUGUUCUGGGUCAUUCACCCCACCGCCGAGAGGUUCAUGGGGUGGCGGAGAAAACUCGGCGUGGAGCAACCCGACAUGUGGCCGUUGGACGAGACGUGGGACUACUCCCACGGCUGGGUCGUGGGCGAGACUGGCACGGUGUGCGACUGGGACGACGUCAGGGAAGGGUCGCUCGACAUGCCCACGUGCAGGAAGGGCAUCUGCGGGGGCCACGGGGCGGACGACUUGCUUCCCUUCAAAGUCAAGGUCAAGGGCGAGACGAUGCAGAUGACCAACCUGCAGUGGUACCAGUUCAUCUACCCGGACAACGACGACCUGCCCUACAUGUACAACGAGUACCAAUGGGACCACUGCGCCUCCUCCGGCAACUACAUGGGCACAAACCAAGACGGGGCGUGAGGGGGAACUACCGUAUGGGGGCAUCCCAUGACUGUUCUCUUUAGCUUUCUUUCCUUGGGUUGUCUUGGCGAGGAAACCCGUUCGUAGUUACCCUCCAAUACCCGUUCGGUCGGAGUUACCCUCAAGUCCCGAAGUGGAGGCUGCAGCGGCCGACCCAGCGCCCCCCCCGCCCGCUGUACGACCAUAACGACGAAUCACCACGUGGGUGGAGCGCAUUUUGAUUGAUAGGGGGGUUGUCCCUCAGUUGACCUGACCCCCUGGGCGUGCUCUCAGCGGUCUUUUUUGUGUGUGAAUUGUUCAUUCUCGCUUGUCGUUGUCGCUGGUAUCGUCAAGUCGUGUCGUUGUUUGGUCGGUGUUUUUUGUUUGGUAUUUAGUGUUUUUCAUUUUCUCGUGUAGCGUGUGGCCGCGGGAGGGUGCUCUCUUCGGGCAAGAGCAUGCCAUGUGCUUGUCGUCGACGGCAAAGAAGCCGUAGGCCGUCUCUCGAGAUUGAGCCGCACGUCCCGAGAGUUUUUGGAAAAAAAGAAAUCGUUCCGAACGAGAACGAGUGGCUGUCGUUGCAGCAGUGUACCAUCAGGACGGUUACAUGUCUGCCGGCACGAUUGUCCACUCCUGUACUUUAAGCCUAUAUAUCCCUGUUCUGAAUAGUGCCAGUCCCUCUGAAUAGUGAAGUGGUCUGGUCCAUACCGGCAUUGCUGAGGGCCCUCGGCUGUACCCUUCUCCCACGGGAUUUUGACCGCCGUGCUCGCGAACGGUCGAGUUGUUGACCAGGAGCGCAGAUGAAUGUGUGAGAAAAGACUGGUCAGCUCGCACCCUGCUGCGCCAUGUUUCCUGCCUUGUGUUCCAUAUCAAGGACGUGCCUUGCCAUCCUGAAAGAUCCAGUUUCAAGGGCUAAGAGGCGUGCCUUAGAUUGUUCGCAAUCUAUUUUUUUUUUGGUUCUUUUGGAUGUAGGCGUGUCAUCAGUGAGGCUGCCAUUUCUCUUUCGUGGCGUGAUUCGUGGGGCAUUCAUCAAGCCUAGAUUUGGAGUGGUAGGGCAUUCAUCAUGGUCUAGGUUCGUUUGUUGUUUUUGGGGCGACCCACCCCCUAUCGGCGGGGGUUGAAUGAUGUAACUACACAAGGCGAGGUGACCGCAAUAAUGUAACUACGUAGGGCGAGGUGACCGUACUAGGCCUCUUGCAUCCACCCCUCUUGCCGCUCUGGAAGAGCGAGCGGGUUAGUGGGUCGGACGAUGAAGAUGGUGGCGGUCAGUUUCGCAUGGGUGUGUGGGCGGCGGGCGGAGUUUUUUCUUUCCGUCGUACGCGGUUCGUGUUCGGGAGACUCGGGUGGCAGAGGUGUUCCGGUGUCGCCCAGGGGAGUUAGAUGGAGAAUUUGCGUAUAUGGGUUGCAUCGUGUAUCCGUGUGAAGGGAUUUCGAUGCAUGUGUAUGUGGCAGAAUUCGUCAGGGGCGUUGGGAAAGACGGGGCAGGCCGAGUGUGGUGUUCGCGCGGGACCUCACAACGCCCGUGGGUGUGUGUGUUGAAGUUUUUGGGAGUUCAGUCGUGUGCCGCAUGCAAAAUUGAAAAUAGUCAUUUCGCAGCUAGCCGUAUUUUUGUCUUCGGCUUGUUGUGUAGAAUAUGCGUCUGUGUGGCUAGUUUGUUCUGUCGCUGUCCGGGUAGU